AGAGAGCAGCGUGACUGAUCUCUGCCUGUGGAUGCUGGUACCUGAUGCAAGUUGGUGAUGAGAGAACUACACAAGAUGGGCACAAACAAACUCCAACCGACCAGCUUUUGAACCAUCUCAGCAGGAGAGCGAGUGAGGAGGUGUUCUUUUACAACCAGCAGCUGUAGAUGACAAAAACGUGUUUCGUUUGGCGACAGAAACCCUUUUAUUUGUGCGUAAACUAUGCGUAAUUUGAAGAUCUGUGGGGAGUUUGUGCGUAAAAGCGCGCGUGUUCCCAUGCUGGCGCACCAUCCUCAUCUUCAUCUUCAUCGGAUCUCGCCCUGAGCUGCUGCAGUUCGUCCGUCAGACCUUCUGAAAACAUGGCUGUGCAGCUCCGUCUCAGUCGGAGGAGCUCCGGUCCGCUUCUCUUCGCGUUUCUCUGCGUCUUCUUUUUCCUUUUCGUCUCCGUUUCCGCCGCGAGUCGUGAUGUGGAUCCACGAAACAACCAGACGAGGAGAAAUCCGGCGACUGAGGAGGACUCUCAUCACCAAACUAACUCCAGCACUCACAGGAAGGUCUUCCCCGUCCUCUCCUUCAACUACGAGCACGUCAGGAAACCUUUCGAGAUCUCUCUGUGGAUCCUCCUGGCUCUGCUCAUGAAACUUGGUGAGUGACUCAGAAACCUCAGAGGGAUUUCCUGUUGUCAAAACACGACCCACACAUGACUGCUGCUGCUGCAAACACACAGACUGAAGGGAGGGGGCUCCAAAACUGACAUUUAUGUUGAUUUUCUUGCUCUAACAUUUGUGUAAAUAAGUAAGUCAAAUGUAUUUAGUAAAGCACCUUUGAUAGAAAAGAUUCACAGUGUUUCACAGUAAAAAAAUCAAAAUACAACCAUAAACAUCAAAUCGAUAAAUAGAAGAUUAGAACAGAGGGAGGUAAAGGCCUGUUAGAAUAAGUGAGUCUUUAAAAGUUGAAGGAACAUCAGCGGGUAAAUUGUUCCACUUCUUUAAAAGCAUGUUGGACAGUUUGUUAAAUAUUAUUAAGGUUCAUAUUUAUGUGGGAAAAUGUCACGCAGUCUCACAGGAGAGUGAAGAAAAACAAAGCAGAGCCCAAAAUACACUGAAGACCAGCUGGUAAUUAAACUCACAUUCAUGGGAGUGAAGAUGAAAAUCUAAAGAUAGAAACAAAACCACCAGCUGACUGAGUUUGACAAACUUUGGAGAGCAUUUAGCGACUUUAUUUAUAGACCCUCCUCCAUAUUCAUACUGGAGAAAGAUAGAUACCCUGAUGUUUUACCAAGAGGAGAUGAAAACUCACCUGUAAAAACUUUCAAACAGGAAAUAUGUGAAGUAUCUUCUGGAGAAAAUGACAACUGCAGGCCUCAAACUGAUCCUGAUAAAGGAUUAAAUAGAGCUGGCAAUUUGGCAAAAAAAUGAUCAUGAUAUAUUUGAUCCUAUCGUCUGAUGUCGAUUAUUAUCACAUUUUUUGGGGGAUUUUUUUUAAACUGCCAGUUUUUAAGCAUCUGUACUAAAAUCUAAACAAACUAGAGAUUAGUUCAUCAAUUUAUUAACAUCCAAAGUAAAUAACAAAACAAAUUAAAUAAGAUAAACUUAGAAAAAUAUAAAAAAAACAUUGCCAGUUUUUGAGGACAACGCCCGCCAACCAUAGACUGUAUAAGGAAUGGACGCUGUCUGCCUCCUCGCUGGGUGAAGCCUCUCCGAGAACAGCACCCUCUGGUGACGGUCUGCAGUAUAGGUCAUAAAUCCCGCCUCCUCCAGCAAUCCUGAUUCUAAAUUCGCCAUGUUUUUUUCCUCAAAGUCUCUGUUCUCGUUGGCGUAAACUGGCUCUCACGAGACUGUUUUUCAAGUCACCCGUAAGAAAAGAAUCGUUAAGAUAAAAUGUAAAUGAUGUCGAUGGAUUGAUCCAUUUGGAACUGGUUCUCAACAAGAACCGGUUCUUGAUUCCCAUCCCUAAUCAGGAUCAUAUAAUCGUCCAGUCCUGGGAUGAAAUAAAGUGACAGAAAGACCUGAGAGUUUAGAACAGGAUGAACUUAAUCGACUAAUUGGCGUCAUUUCAGCUCCAAUAAGCACAUCGUCUUUUUUUUUUAACAUAUUCACAACAGUUUGAAGGAUCAGCCCCAGAAAUGAAAACUUCCUCUUCACCGAGAAAAGUUGAUAAACUAAUCUGACUCAUCUGAUUUAUGACACACUUUAACUCAAUCAUCGUGUUGAACCCCUGAAUGUUCAGCGAGGACUUUCUCUGAUAUGGAUCAUGAAGUAGACGAGUCUUCUUCUGUCCUCAAGGGCUCAAACUUUCCAACUUCAGCUGCAGAUGAAAAACUAGAGACUGAAAUCUUGUUAAAUUUCAGGCCCUGCAAGUUUAUUUCCUCUCAGAUGGAAACUGAGAGUGAAAAACUUUAAGAAAUGAAGUUGGUGUUUUGUUUGAGACUUUCUAAAGACCCAAACUGAUGUUUUUUAACUCUCUCAUCUCCUGACGUUCUCACACCGUCAUACAAACAUGACAGCAGCAGGCAGCGACGGCUCUGAUUGGCUGACCGGGCAGGGAUGAAGCUCUCUGGUAUCUUAUCUGGUCGGUCCAGCUGCUGUCUCUGAGGGCCGCUCCGACUUCCUGUCCUAAUGCACUGCUCGAUAACAAAGAUCCUAGUGUGCAGACUGAGAGGAGGGGGCGAGGACGGCUUCACACAGCCUGACCGCUGAUGACUGCAUUAAACAUGGCUGCAGACUUUUGUUUCAGCCGCCGUGACCCCAAAGUCACAUGACCGAGGAGCAAACGUGGAGAGUUGAGAGUGAAUGAAGCAGCAGAGGAGAGAGUUUGAUGUUCAGAUCAGUCAGACUCCUCCUCUGACGCAGAGUGUUCAAACUUUAAUGAGGUUAUAAAACAGGAAUGAUGGAGAGGAUCGGUUUUACAGUCGAGCUCAGAGACACAAAGAAAUAACUUUACACAGAUUUUUAAUCCUGACAGACGACGUUAAAGCAGAUUUCUCUUCUACCUCUCCUCCAGAGUUUUCAGAGGAGCUUCAUAGUCCAUAAAUAUUCACACUUUUUAUUCCAGUUUUGUAGAUUCUAACUUGAAGACUUAAAGGGAUAUACCUGCAUAAAACAAUUUAGGGUCAAACACAACGUAACACAGAGUUAGACACCCCCUCUAGAGAUGAAAGUUGCCGACCGCUUGCUUCUCUAGUUAAACCAACUUUAGUAACGACCGCACGAUAGCAAUACACAGCGGUCUGAGGAGCCAUAAACAAACCUCAACCAAAACAAACCACCUGCCACCAAACAUCUUUUUAACUUUGACUAAUUUCUUUAGCAAAGAGACUAAACACAACUCACCUACUCUCUUCCAGCAGCAGCUUGUUUGUAUGGAGACCUCAGGCCAGUCCAUUACGGACUACAGUGGGGUGACUUUACACUGAAGAAGCAGUAGUUCUUCUGUCUUAGCGUCUCGGUCUGAUUGUAUUUUCAUGAAGAAAUGAUCAUAAAUGUUCUUCCUUGAGCUGCGGAACCCCGUAAUUUGGUGUUCUGAUGUGUUUGACCCUGAAUCAGUUUUACGCCGGACUAUCCCUUUAAACUGUGAACUCUUACAGACUAAAAAGUUGUUUAAAAAGUCGUGUUUUUCGCUCAGGUUUCCACAUCAUCCCCCGAGUGUCCGGUGUCGUCCCCGAGAGUUGCCUCCUCAUCUUCGUCGGUUUGCUCGUUGGCGGCGUCAUCCAAGCCAUCGGAGAAGAGCCCCCCAUCCUCGACUCCAAGCUCUUCUUCCUCUACCUGCUGCCUCCCAUCAUCCUUGAUGCGGGUUACUUCCUGCCCAUCAGGGCCUUCACCGAGAACCUGGGAACCAUCCUGGUUUUCGCGGUGGUGGGGACCCUGUGGAACGCUUUCUUCAUGGGCGGGAUGAUGUACGCGGUGUGUCAGAUCGAAGGGGUGGGGUUAGGCGGCGUGGACCUGCUGUCGUGUCUCCUGUUCGGCUCCAUCAUUUCAGCCGUGGACCCUGUGGCUGUUCUGGCCGUGUUCGAGGAGAUCCACAUCAACGAGCUGCUGCACAUCCUGGUGUUCGGGGAGUCGCUGCUGAACGACGCCGUCACUGUGGUGAGUGGAGCUGAUGUCCGUGUGUAAAUGUGUGCGAGGAGGGAAGGGAAGAUGUAGGGGACGAGAUCUGAGGGUGAGUUUUUCCUCCCUUCAGGUUCUGUACCACCUGUUCGAGGAGUUCUCCCACGCCGGCUCCGUGACGGUGGGUGACGCCUUGCUCGGCGUGGUCUGUUUCUUCGUGGUUUCACUGGGAGGAAUCCUGGUGGGAGCGAUCUACGGCGUCCUGGGCGCCUUCACCUCCCGCUUCACCUCCCACACCCGAGUCAUCGAGCCGCUCUUCGUCUUCCUCUACAGCUACAUGGCGUACCUGUCCGCCGAGGUCUUCCACCUGUCAGGGAUCAUGUCGUAAGUCACUCGGCGCCCCCGGGCUCUCUGACUUAAACAAGUUUGUGACACGCUCUGACCGUUUCCUUCCUGAUCAGGUUGAUAGCGUGCGGCGUGAUGAUGAGGCCGUACGUGGAGGCGAACAUCUCCCACAAGUCGUACACCACCAUCAAAUACUUCCUGAAGAUGUGGAGCAGCGUGAGCGAGACGCUCAUCUUCAUCUUCCUCGGCGUUUCCACGGUGGCUGGGCCUCAUGCCUGGAACUGGACCUUCGUCAUCGUCACGGUCAUCCUCUGUUUGGUGUCCAGAGUUCUCGGUCAGUCUGACAAACACGACGACUAAGACGGUGAAAUACUCGGACUGUGUCGUCUUCAUUGGUGGUCUCCGGUGGUCUCUCUCUCUCUCUGUGUUUCAGGGGUCGUCGGCCUCACCUUCAUCAUCAAUAAGUUCCGUAUCGUGAAGCUGACCAAAAAGGAUCAGUUCAUCGUGGCCUACGGUGGCCUGCGAGGAGCCAUUGCCUUCUCUCUGGGGUUCCUGCUGACCAACAGUGAGAUGAAGCACAUGUUCCUCACCGCCAUCAUCACCGUCAUCUUCUUCACCGUCUUUGUGCAGGUCAGAGGAUCAGCAGCACGUCUAAACUUCAUCGGAGUAUUCAAAAAAAAAUUUAAAUUAAAUUUAAAUUUAUUUAAACGACGUUAUUAAACAAAUAUUUUCAUGUUAUUUAUCAAAUAUUACGGAAGCAGGAUGCAUUCACCGAACAAAAAAAAGCUGUUUUUCAGAGUAAUUUUUUUUUCUUUUCUGUUUUUCGAACUAUUUUUUUUAACUUUUGUGUUUUGGACUAAUUGUUUUUCCUCUUCUCUGGGAUCAUGAUCAUUUAAAAACAGAUGCUUUCACCCCCUCUGAUCAGUUUAUUGGAUUUUAAAGUAUGCCUCGCUUAGUCAGAAAAAAAAUAUUUCAAAAAACAAAAAGACGGAAAAUAAAAAAGAAAAACAGAAAAGACAAAAAAAAUUAUACAUUAAACAGGAUCAGACAAAAAAAUAGUCCAAAAAACAAAAAGACGCUAAAAAAAAAAAACGAAAAACAGGAGAAAAAAUUUGUACGAAAAACAAAAUAAAAAAUUGUCCAGAAAACAGAAAGACGAAAAAAAAGUAGGAAAAACAGAAAGACAAAAACAGUACGAAAAACAGAAUAAAAAAUAGUCAGUAAAACAGAAAGACGAGUUAAAAAACAUUUCGAUAAACAAGGUUAAAAAAAAUAAGAAAAAAAAAUAUGAAAAAAAAACAGUACGAAAAACAGUUUCCUUUUUUUGUUAGUGAAUGCAAUACGUUUCCUUUAAAUAAAAAAUAAUAAUAAAGUUAAAAAAAGACGGUUUGCCUCCUGUUUUCCAGGUUUGACUCUUCUGCUAAUGUAGCGACCCCUGGUGGAGACUGAGUGUAACUGCAGGAUCUGGUUGCUCGUAGUGUUUUUCAGGUUACUCUCAAAGAAAUAAAUCUUUUUUAAAUUUUCCGCCUGACCUCCUCAGGGAAUGACAAUCAGACCUCUGGUGGAGCUUCUGGCCGUGAAGAAGAAAAAAGAGAGCAAAGGAUCGAUCAACGAGGAGAUUCACACACAGGUCAGAUCAGUUACUGUCGUUUUAGAGAUUCAACAGAUAAAUUAUGUCGUUUCAGAGUUUUUAAAUAAAGUUUCUCCUUUCCAGUUCUUGGAUCACCUGCUCACAGGGAUUGAAGACGUCUGUGGACAUUAUGGACAUCACCACUGGAAGGACAAGUAGGAGAACUCAGAGCGAGAUAAUCAGAAAUAAGGAUGUGAUCGAUAAACGAUCCUGAUGUUUGUUUUUGUUUUACUCAGGCUGAACCGCUUCAAUAAGGCCUACGUGAAGAAGUGGCUGAUCGCCGGCGAGCGCUCCACGGAGCCGCAGCUCAUCUCCUUCUACAACAAGAUGGAGAUGAAACAGGCCAUCAUGCUGGUGGAGAGCGGCAGCACCGCCAAGCUGCCCAACGUGGUCUCCUCUGUCUCCAUGCAGUGAGUGUCCCGCAGUGAAUGAACUUAUCCGUCGUAUUCAGAAGUUUUGACGACUUUUCUUCGUCUCCGCAGAAACAUUCAGCCGAAAGAGCCGGGAAGAAGACGAGCGAUCCCGAGUAUCUCCAAAAACCGUGAAGAGGAGAUCCGGAAGAUGCUACGAGGAAACCUGCAGAAGACCCGACAGAGGGUAGGACCUGCUCAGAGUUUAUAUUAGAAGUAUGUAUACUUAAAGACGACUGUAACGGUUCAGGUCGUGUUUUUUCAGCUGCGUUCAUACAGCCGCCACGACCUUUUCAUCGACCCGUUUGAGGACAACGUGAGCGAAGUUCGAUUCAGGAGGCAGAGGGUGGAGAUGGAGAGGAGGGUGAGUUCAAGUCCGUCUUAAAAAUGUGGAUUUUACGAUCAUAGCUUUUCUAGUUUGACAUUUUCGUCUCUUCCACAGAUGAGUCACUACCUCACAGUUCCUGCGAAACGCCAGGAGACGCCGUCUGUGAGAAAAGUCUGCUUCGAACCCGGUCAGUCAGCGAAAAUCAAAUGAUAAAGACCUCAUCACUGGAAAACUGGAUAUUCAGGUUUUGGUAAAGGGUUUAAUUUUAAUCCUCUGAAUUGUAUUUACAUCCCAGAAAAUCAGGUUUUCACCUACGACGACAGCGAGAGCCCCAAAGGCCCGCGGGCUCAGCCUCAUCAGGACUCCCCUGAUACCGUCAACCUGUUGGAAGAAGCACCCCAGAGAGCCAAUCAGAGCGAGGCGCCGAGGGCAGCCGGGGACGACAAGAAGAGGGCGAAGGUUUCAGACGAGCAGGAGGAGCAGCAGAAACUAUCACGGUGUCUCAGUGACCCGGGUCCAAAACAGGACGAGGAAGAGGACGGGUCCGGACGCUCGUGAUGAAGAACUUUCACCAUCAUCCUCCUCCUCGUGCGUCAUGUGUCGUUUCCUGCGUGUGUUCAGUCAUGGGAGUUGUAGCCAAGUUUAAUAUUUAUGAAGUUAUGCUGCCAAAAAAGUGUUUUUUUUUUCCCAAAGAUUUGUUUUUGCAUUUAUAUGGAAGUAAAUCUGUGCCAUCUGAUUUUGAAUUUGAUUUUUUUAAGCUGAUUUUUUAAUCAGACUUUGAAUUCCAAACAAGCAUUUUUAUUUCUUACACUUAUUUUUUUCACAAUGAUAAAAUAAUAAUAAUAAUAAUUAGUGUAGAAAAAAAAUCGGUCUCUCAAAAUAUUCAUGUAGUAAAAAUUCGACUAAAAAAAGUUUGUAAAAAAAAAUUCAACAUAAAAAAAAUUCAGUGUCAAAAAAUUUAGUGUAAAACAGACCGACUUAACAUUCGGAUAAUUACGGAGAAGGAAUCGAUUCCUCUGGGGUUGGUGUCACAUGACCAAUCUAGCUUUAUUUGAUUGGCUGGACGAUGGAUGAUUGAGUCAGGAAUCGAUUACUCUCCCUGGUUACCGGGAUCUUGAGUCGGUCUGUUUUACACUGAAUUUUUUUUACAUUAAAUUUUUUUUUAUGUUGAAUUUUUUUUUUCACAGUUUUUUUUUUAAGUUGAAUUUUUACCAAACAAAUCUUUUGAGUGACUCAAUAUUUUUCAUCAUUGUGAAAAAAUAAGUGUCAGAAAUUAAAUUGCGUUCUUGAAAUUCGAUGGUUUUGAAAUUCAAAUUCAAAAUCAGAUGGCACAGAUUUACUUCCAACGUCUGGGCUGUUUACGAUGUUUCACUACGUUUACAGCGCUCAGCUCGUGGUACAUCAGCCUGGAGUGAACUCUGUGUGUCUUAAUAAGCAGAUCUCUGAUUUUUGUAGUUGAUUGAUUUAAACACAGUAUAAGGAGACAGUUCAAUCAAACUGGAUUAUUGAUCUCGGCUGAUAUUACAGUCAUUAUUAUCCGCGCACACACACGUCAGUAUUAGCACAAAUCUGAGGACAGAAGUUUGAAGAUUUACCUGAGAAAUCUACGAGGAAAUCUGGAAACAGGAAAAUCAAAUAAAAGAGGAAUAAUGAUAUUUAUUAAAGAGAAAUAAGAUAAAUAAUCCCACUCUAUAUGUGUAUUUCCAUUCAAAGAUGGAUGUGUUGUUUACUGAUGGUGCCUUUGGGACUUUUUUUUAACAUAUAGCACAAACUCCGCACUUAUCUUUGUCAAAACAAGAAGAAAAAAUUGGGUUGAUGCCAACUUAAUGAAGAAAGUACAGAAAGGGGAUUAAGGCCGCUGGAAAAAAAUUAUAUAAAUACUUUUGUGGUUAUUUAGAAAAAAAAAAAAUUCUCAGAAUAAUAAACACAUAUUUAUAUUGGACCUUUUUUUCCAUGGUGUGUUCAAGUUUCCUCGGAGUCAGAUGUCGGAGCUGAAAAUGACGUCACACCCGAGUUCCCAGCGUUUCAGUUACCAAGUCAGAAAAAAGCAAAAUCGGAGGCGGAAACAAGACGGCGACAAUAUUGCUACGAAAGUUAUUUUUGCACUCACCUUCCGUAGAUGUAGCCAUCUUGUUUUCCUUUUUUCUGACCUGGUAACUAAAACGCUGGGAACUCGGGUGUGACGUCAUUUUCAGCUCCGACAUCUGACUUCUGAUGUAACUCGAACGCAGCGUAAUCCUCCUCUGUAGGAACGUGACCUUUGACCUCUCCUUUUUAUCGUUAUCUGCCUUUUAAAUACUAACCGAUCGACUGUUUGGUUGAGUAUUAUAAAACCAGAGAGAGUUAAAGUGUUUUAGCACAAAUUUACACUCCGAGAAUGUAAGAAUCACCUUAAAGUCUCUGAGUAAAUAUCAGAUGAUGAUUGUAAAUGAGCUUCAGUUCUGUAUGUAAAAUCGCUGCAUGACUGAAUCUCAGGGAACUGCUGCCCGGCUCAGUAUUAACAAAAAAGAGGAAGUGUUUCUGUUGAAUGUGCUCCGUUAUUAUUUAUUUCUGGUUGGUGUGAGCUCCAGAAACAUUCCAGCUCAUGUCUGUGUUUCUAUAUCUGAGCAUGAAGGCCAAACGAGGUGAAUCACCUCUUCAUAUCUGCUCUGAACUGCCUGAGUUUUCGCUGCCUGAAUGUUUGUCUUAAAAAUGUUCGUGCUUCCCGUGUGUGUUCGGCAGGUGAAGUAUUUUUAUAUUUGAAGAAAAGUCUUUAAAUAGUGAAUAUUGUCAAAGAAGAAAAGCUUUAAUACCUGAAGGAAAUAAAAGGUACGCCAUUGCCUACAUCGA